AUGGUGAAACUAGUUAAUCCCUUCAGAGAAAGUGCAACUCAAGUCUGCCUCCUGAACUACUUACCCACGCAAACUUCAAACGUGCUGAUGCUCUCUCUUUUCUCUUCAACCAUCUACAACCCCAACUCCACACCGCUCAUCAACGUUAACCGCGUCUGUGUCCGUGUCACUCCAACACGUAAUCCGUGGAUCACCCUCAACCGCUUCUUCACACACGCAGUCAGGCUGCAAACCCAGCCCAAGCCGCAGCCGGGUCAGCCUCCGCUCUAUUCUGGGACCUUUGACUGCUUCAGAAAGACUCUGGUUGGAGAGGGAGUCCGAGGCUUAUACAGAGGAAUGGCAGCUCCUAUUAUCGGAGUGACACCCAUGUUUGCUGUGUGCUUCUUUGGAUUUGGCUUGGGAAAAAGACUCCAACAGAGAAAACCUGAUGACGUUUUGACAUAUCCUCAGCUGUUUGCUGCUGGCAUGUUGUCGGGAGUGUUCACAACAGCAAUCAUGGCUCCAGGAGAGAGAAUCAAGUGCCUUUUACAGAUCCAAGCAGCUACAGGUGAAACUAAAUACAGUGGCUCUUUGGACUGUGCAAAACAGCUGUACCGCGAGGCCGGGAUUCGUGGUGUGUACAAGGGGACAGUGCUCACCCUCAUGAGAGAUGUCCCAGCCAGCGGAAUGUACUUCAUGACGUACGAAUGGCUGAAGAACAUUCUGACCCCUGAGGGCCACAGUGUGAGUGACCUCAGUGUGCCUCGGAUCCUCUUUGCCGGAGGCCUGGCUGGGAUCUUCAACUGGGCAGUUGCCAUUCCACCAGACGUGCUGAAGUCCCGUUUCCAGACUGCUCCUCCAGGAAAAUACCCAAAUGGCUUUAGAGAUGUGCUGAGAGAACUCAUCAGAGAGGAAGGAGUUGCAUCUCUGUAUAAGGGCUUCACAGCUGUAAUGAUCAGGGCAUUUCCUGCUAACGCGGCAUGUUUUCUUGGUUUUGAAGUUGCUAUGAAGUUUCUUAACUGGCUUGCACCAGGUCUAUGA